AUGAAAAGAAAUAAUUAUAAUAAUUUUUAUGAUUAUAAUAGUAAUAAUAGCAAUAAUAAUGAAAAUGAAGAAAAUUAUAAUUAUAUAAAAAAAAAGAAUAAUAAUAAUAAAAAUAAUAAUAAAUUAAUUGGAACAUUAUUUGAAUUUAAAGAUGAUGAUGAUUUUACACCAAAUAGUAAUAAAACAUUUAAAGAAUCAUUUAAACCGAUUCAUAAACAAGAGGUAAUGGAUGAAAGUGGUAGAAAGAGAUUCAUGGUGCAUUUACAGGUGGAUUUUCAGCAGGUUAUUUCAAUUCAGUUGGUUCAAAAGAAGGAUGGACACCGUCAACUUUUAAAUCAUCAAAAACUGAAAGAGUAUCUAAUAAUAUUCAACCAUUAAAACCAGAAGAUUUUAUGGAUGAAGAAGAUUUAACACAUAGAGCAAAAGAAUUAACAACUCAUUCUGAUUUUAAUUAUUUCAGUGGAUUGGGUAGUUUUGGUAAUGAUAAUGAUAAUAAUAAUAAUAAUAAUAAUUUAGAUAGUAAUAAUUUAAAUACAAAUAAUUUAAAAAGUUUAUUUAAUGAAGGUAGUAAUAAUAAUAUAGUUGAAGCAUCAAAAGAAUCUAUAGGUGUAAAAUUAUUAAAAUUAAUGGGUGUGAAUAAAUUAAAGAAUGAACCUAUGGGUCAAUUAAAGAGAAUUCAAUUAGAAAAUAAAUUAAAAAGAAAGAAACAAAGGCAAUCAAAUAAAAUAAAUAAAAAGUCUAGACAUUCAUCAUCAUCAUCAUCAUUGGUUUCAUUAGAUGGUGUUGAAAUACCCUCUGAACUAUUAUCACAGCUUAAAGAUGGUGAAGAAAUACCUCAAUCAAUUUUAUCAAUCAUUCAAAAUACUACUACUAAUAAUAAUAAUAAUAAUAAUAAUACAUUCGAUAAUGGUGAUAAUGAAGAUGUUGAUGAAAGUGAUGAAAGUGAUGAUAAUGAAGAGGAUGAAACAGGUGAUGAAGAAGCUUAUAAAAAUAUACUUUUAAAUGAACCAAGUAAAAAACUAUUAGACAUUAGACAAAAGAAUAAUGUUUAUGGUGUUGGUUAUGAACCUUCUGAAGAUGUAAAAAAUAUGCGUUUUCAAAAUCAAAAAUCAAAUUCAAACCGUGUAUCAAUGGAUUCAUCAAAGUCUUCAAUCGGAUCAUUUGGAUUGGGUGCAUUAGAAGAUGAUGAUGACAAAGGUUUCGAUUUAUAUGGUAAUGAAAAUCAUGAUGAUAUUUAUGAUACUGGUUUAUUCGAUAAAAAGAGAGAAAGAGAUAAAAAUACUUGGUUAGGUAGUAAAAACAAUAAAAUAAAGAGUAAUAAUAAUAAUAAUAAUAAUAAUAAUAAUAGUGGUAUAGUUGAUUUUUUAAGACCCAUUGAUAAUAAAUAUACAAUAAGAUGCUCUGAUGGCACAUUACCUUUGAAAGGAUUUAUAUUAAGUAGUGGUCAAACUUCAUUUGAAAUUAAAUGGUUCCCACCACCACAAUUACCAAUUAACUUUAAUUAUUACCAUAAAUUCACUUCACCAUUAGAUAAAAAUAUUUUACAAAAACCUACAAAUAUUGUAACAAUCACUCCAAUUCAAAGAUCAAAUUUAUUAGGUGAAUUACAACUUUCAAUUAAUAAACAAAAACAGCAACAACAACAACAACAACAACAACAACAACAACAACAACAACAACAACAACAAACUCAAAAUAUUCAACCACAACCACAACAAUCAAUAAUUAACUCAGGUAAUAUAAUUAAAGAAUCAAUGGAAUAUUUAAUGGAUCCAGGUAGAAGGUUAAGAUUUAAUGAGUAUAUACUUGAUAAACAAGGUGAUAAGAAUUUAAAAGAACAAUCAUUAAUAAACUAUUCAAGUUAUAGAGAUAUUUCAGAGAUUGAAAAAGAAAAAGAGAAUAAAGUUUUUGAAAGGUAUGCUCAAUCAUUUUCACCACUUCAAAGUAAAUUAAAUGAUAGAUUUGUAUCAUCAUCAUCUUCUUCAUCAACAUCUAAUGAAAAUAAAGAUAAUAAUAAUAAAUUAAAAACUAAAUCAAAGAAAUUAAUUGAAAAAUGGGUACCUGAACUAUUAUUAUGUAGACGUUUCAAUGUUGAGCCACCUUACUCAAGAGAAGAGGUUGAAAAUUUUAAAAUUGAAAAGCAAUUAAAACAAAAAUCAUCAAAUGAUUGGAAAUCAAAACUAAAUAUACCAACUCAUUAUCAAAUACCAUUUGAUGCUACAUUUGAAACUAAUUCACCAACACAGCAAAAUUCAAAUAUUCGAAAUUCAAUACCCACUGCAACCACACAAUCAUCGCCAUCACCAUCUCCUAUUUUACAAUCAAGUAGUAGUCCAACUUCUACCACAGUAACAGCAGCAUCAACAUUAAAUAUGACAGCUCAAUUAAAUCUUGAAGAAUUAUUUGGUAAUAAUGAUCAAUAUAAUGUAUCAACAUUUGAAAGUAAUGGUGAAUUUCAAGUUAAGGAGGCCAAAAGACCUCCAAUCGAUUUAUUUAAGGCAAUAUUUGAAAGUGAUGAUAAACAAAAUGGUGAAGAUCAAAAAAUGGAGCCUAUGUCUGAUGAUCAAUUAGACCCAUUUUCUUCAUUUUUAAAACAAGAUCAACAACAACAACAAAAGAAAAAUAAAGAGUCAAAUGGUGAUGAAUUAGAUCCAUUUUCAGCAUUUUUAAAACAAGAUCAAAAACAACAGGAACAAAAACAGGAUGGUUCAUUAGAUCCUUUUGCUUCUUUUUUAAAACAAGAUCAACAACAACAACAAAAACAACAAGACAACACUUUAGACCCAUUUUCUUCUUUUUUAAAACAAGAUCAAAAACAGAAAGAACAAGAGCAAAAACAACAAACAAAAGAAUCAAUUUCACCAUUACUAAAAAGUAUAAUAAAAGAACUAAAUGAACCUUUAUCAAAAGAAGAAAAGAAAUUAAAAAAAGAACAAAAGAAAAAGGAAAAAAAGGAAAGGAAAAGAAAAGAAAAGAGAGAGAAAAAAGAAAAAAAAGAACAAGAAAAAGAGGAGUGGGUUGAAAACGUUAAAUCUUAUUUAUCUCAAUUUAGUGAUAUAAGUGAUUCAAGUAGUGACACUGAUUCAUCAAGUGAUGAUUCUGAUUAUGAAAGAAGAAAAAGAAGAAAGGAAAAGAAAAAAGAGAAAAAAUAUAAAGAUAAGAAAAAGGAUAGAGAUAGAGAAAAAGAUAGGGAUAGAGAUAGAGAUAGAGAAAGAGAAAAAGAUAGAGACAGAGAUAGAGACAGAGAAAGAGAUAGGGAUAGAGGUAGAGAAAGAGAAAGAGACAGGGAUAGAGGUAGAGGAAGAGAAAGAGAUAUAGAUAGGGAUAGAGAUAGAAAAAGAUAA